AUGAGUCCCUCUCCAACAGUUCCCUCUCAAAUAGCAGGCUAUAUUGUCUUUCCGCUCUCUUUACCUCCGCUUCCUGCCCUCGCCCUGAAGGCGACUCAUUAUCUCUAUAUAGGACUGCACCAACCAAAAUUGCCUAGCUCGACUGCUUCUAGGUCUUUGUUUCUUGUCAACCUUCCUUUCGAUGCUACCGAGCUACAUCUGCGAUAUCUGUUCUCUUCACAAAUUGGACUCCCUGCUGGACGAAUCGAAGAGGUGCAGUUUGAGGGCCAGAGGAGGAAAUCAAUAGCAUCAGACGAGCUUCGGAAUUGGAAUACAGAGGAAGCAGAGUAUCCCCCAACAUGGGACCGAGAUCUUCAGACCAAUGGCCGAACCUGUGUCAUUACCUUCGUGGAUCGUGUGUCCAUGGAGGGUGCCUUCAAGACUAUAAAGGCGACUAGCAAGCAAGAAAAUCAUCCAGUGUGGGGGGAGGGAUUGGAGGGGAAGCUGCCAUCUUUAGGCUAUGCUCGAUAUCUACACUUCCACCAGAACACCUACCCUGACAAAGCUCUACUACUUGACUCGGUGAAUAAGUACAUGACGGCCUAUCACACAAAAGAGGCUGCUGAAGAAACAUCCAAAAUCCAACAAAGACAGGAACCUGACGAGGAGGGCUUCAUUACAGUGACCAGAGGCGGUAGAUCUAAUGCAGCCACGCAAAAAGCUGCACAAGCGGCUGCGGAGAAGCACAAGGGGAAGCGCCAAGGCUUGCAAGAUUUCUAUAGAUUUCAAGAACGGGAAAAGAAGAAAGCGCGCGCCAAUGAGCUGGUGAAGAAGUUUGAGCAGGACCGAGCAAGAAUCAGUAGGAUGAGGCAUGAGAAAGCUAACCCGAGAUCUGAGCGAAGUAGCCUCGAGGAUCUGGAUGUGCGAGUCGUCACAGGCUAUGAUACUGACUUUAGAGUGAAGGUAUUGUCACGAUCAAACCAGAUCAUUGAGCGACAGAAAACUUCUUCGUCUCCAGAGAACAAAGCAGCCGCGAUCAAAGGCUUCAUCGCCUUGUGUUUAGAGGAUCACGUUUUCUCCAUGUCCAGUCCCUAG